AUGGCCAGACUACUUGUUUGUUUAUUUGUUAUCUGUAAGUUCCUGGCAAGACCUUUUUAUGAGUGGGAACUCAAAUAAACACUAAAUUUGUAUCAUGCGAAUAUUUUUAGUCGGCGCGGCCAAAGCAAAUGACCAGAGAAUCAAAGAGUUGUUGGUUCCCCUCAAUUCCGUGACUCCAUUACUUUGCGAGCCCAUCUUUAAUGACGAGACAGCAAGAGCAACAUGGUAUAAGGAUGGCAGGAAACUGGGCUCAGUCAACGGUCAUUCCAAUUUGAUGGCCGAUGAGAGACAGUUAUAUCUGAAGGAGAACAUCCCAGAAGUCGGAUUCUUGAUUAUACCUCAUGUUCGUUUAGAGGAUGAAGGAGAAUAUUGGUGUCAGAGAGAGGACGAUGGGGAGAGAAGUGAUAUCAGCAAGAUCAAAUUGGCCUUUUUGAAUAAGUUGACGGAGGACAAACAGAUCAAGGUCUGGCCGGAUAAACCUGAGCCGGGAAUGAGUGUAACCUUGACUUGUCCCGAGACCCAGGCUUAUCCCGAGGUCACUCUUAGCUGGAAAAAGGUAAGGGAUUAGGUUUAGAUAGGUAAAUUGUAUUACAGUAAACAAAAAAAACCUAUUCAACUCCAAAACAUCCUUUCAGAAAGCCUAAAACUGCUUUAAAAGAUUACUGAUCUAAAAUUAUUGUUGCUUUCGUCAAGUAUGUAUAACACACCAAUUACAAUUGGAAAAAUCUCUUUUGUAUCGACUAAAACAAUAUAUUUUCAGAACAAUGAAGCCGUUGAAUUCUCCUCGGGGAGAUACGAAGUAAUUCAUAAUGGUUCAUUAAUCAUCACCAAGUUUACGAACGAUGAUGAAGGUCUCUAUGAAUGUGUAAUCUCCAACUUUGCCGAUCAUACUUCAGCCAAGGUCCACCUAUCCAGUCCUGGGAUCAUUCCGCUGGCCAAUAGUAGGUUAAAGUGCAUCUCGUCGCACAAAAAAGACACAUUUUGGAUUUACGUAUAUUUAGUAGUCUAGACCCUAAAAUUAUUACCGAACAGAGUCUUCCCAACUUGUUUUACGGUAUUAGAUUACUGACUAUAACUAAAUUAGUGCCAUUUUCAGCGGUUUUCCAUUACACUCGCUCGAAUGGCUGCAGUAAUUGGUCGAGAAAUAACCUCUUUUGGUUCCUAGUUGGAUGUCUGACCACCAGUUUCAUUGUGCUGGUCUAUCUUCUAGCCGGGAUGCUGUGUUACAAACACUCGAAUAGACGGCAAACCACCUUUUCCCCGCUCUAUUCCUUCCUCAGGGCAGAUCCUUCGUUGGCUCCGGGAUUCAGAAAAGUGAUUGUGCCGGCUGCUGACGUCAUACGGGAUCCAAAUCACAAUGGAUUUAUGCAGGAAGUAUAA